CUGCGCUCACGGCGCUUCCUGGCCUGUGCGCGCUGCAAGCUCUGGUGGAUGACACCCGAGUGGGGCAGGCGGGCUCUGGACAUCCCACCUGAGACACAAUUCCUACUGCUGGAAGUUGAGGAGGGAGGCCCCUAUGCGAUAGCCCUGCCUCUCAUCGACAACCAAACCUUCAGGGGGACAUUGCGUGGCCCCAGAAGGUGCUCGGCAGCAGAUGAUGAGAUGGUGCUGCGCAUUGAGAGUGGGGAUGCAAAUGUGGUGGGUCAGAAUUGGGCCAAUGCGCUCUAUCUGGCCGCUGACUCAGACCCUUUUGCCCUUGUGGAGCGAGCGGUGGCAGCAGCUGCAGCCAUGUCAGGUGGAGCAAAGCCGUUGAGGGAGAAGCAGCUGCCAGGGCUACUAGAUGUGUUUGGCUGGUGCACAUGGGACGCCUUCUACAGCAGGGUGUCUGCCAGAGCAGGGCUGCAUGAGGGGCUGAGGAGCCUGAUAGCGGGCGGAGCGGCGCCCGGGUUCCUGAUCAUCGACGACGGCUGGCAGUGCACUGAUGGAGGAAUGCAGACAUCAGGCAGAAAGGGCUGCGUUGCAAGUGCACGCGACUUCACCCGGCGGCUGACGUCCAUCAAAGCCAACUCAAAGUUUUCCUCGCCCCUGGCCGGGCCUGAGGAGUAUUACUCGCAGCUGGGCAAGGUGGUGGACUCGCUGAAGCAGCUGUAUGGGCUGCGCUACAUCUACUGCUGGCACGGCCUCUCCUGCUACUGGAGCGGAGUGUCCCCCUAUGAGGAGGACGUCGCAAAUUACAACGCCCGCCUCGUCUUCUCCGAGCCGACUCCUGGGCUGGUGGAGAUAGAGCCCAGCAUGGCGUGGAAUCCCAGUGUCAUUUCAGGCGUGGGCGUUGUUGACAAUGUCCGCGACAUCUACAGUGACAUGCACGCCUACCUGGCGGCCGCAGGGAUCAACGGAGUGAAGGUGGACUGCCAGGCUGGCGUGGGGCUGGCCGGCAGCACAGAAGGCGGCGGCCCGCAGGCGGCUCUGCACUUGAAUGGAGCGCUGGAGGACUCAGUCGCAGCGCACUUCCCCGGCAACCACUGCAUCAACUGCAUGUGCCACUCCACUGAGAACCUGUACAGGAUGCGGGACACUGCGGUUGUGCGAGUGAGCGACGACUUCUAUCCUCGCAAUCCGGCGUCCAGCUAUCCUCACAUCGCAGCCUGCGCCUACAACGGCUUCUUCCUGUCUGCCAUCAUGCAUCCGGACUGGGACAUGUUCCAGAGCAAGCACCCGGCAGCCACCGCGCAUGCAGCUGCGCGCGCGGUCUCAGGCGCGGCCGUCUAUGUGAGCGACUACCCGGGCCAGCACGAUUUCGACCUGCUCAAGUCCCUGGUGCUGCCGGGAGGGGGCGUGCUGCGCGCCGCGCUGCCGGGACGGCCCACCGCCGACUGUCUCUUCACCGACGUGCUGCGCGACAACAAAUCCGUGCUCAAGGUGUGGAAUGCGAAUGCGUGCAAUGCGGUGGUGGGCGCGUUCAACCUCCAGGGGUCCUCCUGGGACCGCACCCGGCGCCAGUACCGCAUCCACAACAGCAAGCCCCCCACACUGAAGACCGAGGUGCUCCCCUCUCCCUGCCCAGUUCUCCCUGCCCUCACUAAUGCUCAUUAUCAAUUUGCAUGCUAA